UGUAGCACACUGGACACUGUCGUGACGGUGAAGCGUAGUCUUCGGGUAAACGAGAGUUUUGACAGCACUGAAACAGUUAACGGUAGUUAGCUACAGUUGCUCAGACAAAACCCUUGGAGGCGUAACAAGUGCUUACUGUUAGAAAGUUUACGUUUAGUCUGUUGAACUUUGUUUUCAAACAUCAAAAUUCAACUUCCUUUUUGUAGUUUAAAUUAGUCCAGGGGUACGUUUUUUAAAAAAAAUUAGUUUACCGUUUUUUUUACGAACUUUGAAGCACUGUUUUGAUAACAUGAUCAUAUUCUAAAAUGCGCUAAAGUGGAGCCAUCAGAAGGGAUCGCGAGAAUGGCAGAGUCAGCGGAGCAGACCCAUUACCUGGAAACUUUGGCCAGCCCAUCAGGUGGGAGCGGUGGGUACGCUUUGGAGCAUCUCCCGGACAGCAACCAGAAUGGACCAGUGGGCGGCGACAGGGGGCGACAGAGAGAGCAGAAGCAGCAGCAGCGGGCGGAGAACUGUGUGGAUAUCAACACAGGCAAGUUAUGGCAAAUGAAAAGCGGACAGAGGGAGGUGUGCCCUGUCUUAGCAGCCGGAAACGAGCUCUCGAAGUGCCACAAUGCAAGUCAGCUUCAUCAGAAACCCGAAGGUCUUCAAGCGGGUGAUGGUAAUCGCAAUCCACGCGGGAAAAACGACGAAGACAGACCUCUGCAGGAGACUUUGAACCAGGUACAAGUGGAUAGUUUGCUCAUCGACUCAGACACAGGCAUAGAUUCACGUCUGGGAAAGAAAAGGCACAGGCGCAGGACCUCCAAGAAGAAGCGCAACUGGAAACCUUACAACAAACUUUCAUGGGAGGAAAAAAAAGCCCUGGAAGAAAGGGAGACUGUUCGAGCUUCACGGAUGAGAGAAGAGAUGUUCGCCAAAGGGCUCCCGGUCGCUCCCUAUAAUACCACCCAGUUUCUGAUGGACGAGCACGACCGAGAGGAGCCCGACCUCAACACUGAGACGGGGGUCAAGCGGUCAUUAUCGGUUGUUGGUCGCAUGGAAGACACUGGUAGCGAGGAGGACCUUUUUGACAACGAGGAGGACGAGGAUGAUGACGGCAGCGGCGGAGGCAGCGACGGGAUCGGGAGGCCCGGGAACGCAGGUGGGGAGUUUCUCCAGAGAGACUUUUCCGAGACCUACGAGAUGUAUCACGUCGAGAGCCUGCAAAACAUGACCAAGCAGGAGUUGGUGCAGGAGUACCUGGAGCUGGAAAAGUGCAUGUCCCGGUUGGAGGAGGAGAACAACCGACUGAGGCGCGCCGUGGAGCCCGGAGCCGCCUCGGAGAGCUCCCAGGUUCGGCUCAAAGAGAUGGAGCUCGAAGUGGAGAGACUGAGAGCCGAGAACUCUGAGCUGCUUCUAAAGGGUCAGCUCAGCAGAGACAGGGGCCAUGUCGCGACAAAAUAAAGGACACAACUCUAUAGGGAAAAGGUAAAAACAUUGGACUGCUGCAUUUUUUUUAAGUGUCACAAGUUUUCUGUAAUCAAUCUUUCAUCUGGACUAAAAAAGUCAUUGCACUGCGAUGCAAUAGCCUACUUGACGUUUCUUUUCUAUCUGGACUAUAAGCUGUUCAUUUUUUCUUCAAGGGGAAAUUUAAGAUUCAUUUUAUAAAGCGGAGGCGUUAAUACCAGAAUAUUGAGUUUUUUCCUGGUCAACUUUGUAGGUAUAUCCAUUGACAAACUUUUUCAUGUUUAAUUGGGGAAAAAAAAACUGUAUGUCGCAUUUUCUCCUCCAGGCAUCAAUAAAAAAAUUACAGUGAACUGGCCCAGCUUGGAAAUACUAUUUUUUUUUUCUGCAGAAGUAAAUUACAGAGUGAACAUUUUAACAGUUGUGUGUAAACAUUAGUUAAAAUAAAAAAAAGAUUAAAGUUCCGAUUAAAGGUGUCAUGUGUUGUAAAGGGGGAAAACAAUCGCCCAAAAGAACACAGGAAGCUGUCAAUAAAAGCUGCAGCGAGGAACUGUUCUCCGUGGCUUUUUGUCAGAUUACAAAACUUUAAUAAUAAAAAAAAAAAAUGGGCAAGUUGACACCAGUUGGCUCUGAAUAGGAAGAAUAAGCGGACUGUAGCAGCAGCCUAAAAGUGGGGUAAGGUGGUAUAUGGAUAUGCACAUGAUCAAGGAUAAAUCUAUGACGACUUAAUACAAGUGCAAAAUAACUCCCCUGUUUUCUUUGGGGUACAACUAUUUCCAUAAAAAGCCCAAAUAAUCUACAAAAAAAUUCCUUCUAUAGAUUGCAAUUUUUAACUCGCAGCAGAUUUUUCACAGAAUGCAAAGAGCCUCAAGUUUCCUUCAUGUUUAAAAAAAAAAAAAAAAAUAAUCUGAGCAGAAGACCUGAGACCCUAUCUGCAGCCUCUAGAGGGCGUCAUUCAGCUUCUAUUUCAAGUUCCCUGGAAAUGGGAGUUAAAAUAAUAAUCUCAAAUGCAAACGCACACGUCAGUUUUAAACAGUUCUGUUUAUUUACAUCAUAUAACCUUAGUUUAAAGCAAACAGCAUGAGGGAAAUGAUUUCAGGCGGACAACUUUUUUAGUCCAGUCAUUUUCAUAUUAGUUAUACUCAAAAGCAAUUCCAAAUGUACACAAUGCAAUAUGUUACAUAUUACAAUGGUAUAUACAAAAAAGAAAAUUAGUUAAAAAUACACCAAGACAUUAGGCAAAAAUCACAUUUCAGACAACACACAGACUGAUGAGGUUUCCUAUUUGAUGAAGUCGUGGGCUGUUUGCUCAUCUUAAGGAAAUUGGAUGUUAUCUGGAAUGGCCUAAAUGCGGUUCAAGGGUAGGGCUUGUUAGAUGUACCAUAUUCUCACACUGUGGAUCACUAGGCAAAGAGAGAUGACCUUAGUUUGUUAAGAAAAAGCAGCUGAGAGAAUAACUAUGCCUUUUUCCCUCAUAGCAGCAUCAGUAACAGCUGUUAACGCCUCUGUCCAAGGCAGAGAGAGUGCAUAGAUGUGUCCUUGGCUUGAAGUGUGCUUUUCUUUUCUACUGCCUCUCACUGGGUGUGUUUAUAGUGUAAUGUACACAUCUUUGGGUCGGUUGCCUUAGCUAUACCGUCAGCCAGAGUAGAGGAGGGAGAGACCCAAAAACAACAAGGAAAUGGAAAGAUAAGAACCGUGCAUGGCACUGGAGAACAAAAACACAUUCCAGAAAUCAGGCACUUGUAGAAUAAUCUUGAGGUAAGAAAAGACUAGAACUUGUUUAUUAUUCUCAUUCUUCACUAGGUUAUUUGGUCAGAUAAAAAAAAAAAAAGUUGCAUCUCCUGUUUGUGGCUUGUAAUGGUUCCAGAGCA